CAAUUGGCUUGAGGGCGCCCGCGCCCGCGUUAUAAGGUGGGGAGGGCGGCUCGCCGCGCCGUCCGCCGUCCCGCCCGGCCGCACCAUGGCGCUCAGCGACACCAUCCUGCCCUCCUUCGCCACCUUCGCCAGCCCCUGCCGCGAGAAAGCCCUCCACGAAAGGUGGAAGUGUGACCAGGAGGCCAAGACCCCCGCUGGCACCUGGGGCGGCCUCUCCCCGCGCAAGGAGGAUGAAGAUCUCAACAACGUGCUGGAUUUUAUCCUUUCCAUGGGCAGUGACAGCUACGGCCACGGCGCAGCCGGGGGGGACUAUCCCCCCGCCCAAGGGGACAGCGCUGCCUUUUACCAGACAAACCCGUCCCCGGGAUGCUACAGUGCCCUGGAGCAGCGCAGCCCCCCGCCCUACAACGCCGGCAUCGUGUCCGAGAUGAUCCGCUCCGAGAUGGACUCCAACUACUGCCCUCCCAGCAGCGUCCAGGGGCGGUUCUUUGUGGCCCCCAGCUUCGGGAGCCCGCAGUUCGUUGAGAACAUUAAGCCCGAACCCGACAUGGACAAUUAUGGACCGGUCUUGGGGCUGGUGCCCCAGGCUUGCCCGAAGAUCAAGCAGGAGGGCAACGCAACCUGCAUGAUGGCCUACGAGCAGCCCCGGGUGGCCAGCUCCCCCCAGAUCCCCGGGGCAGAGACCCCCCCUCUGAGCCCCGACGAUCUCAUGGUGAACGACUGCCACGCGCAGAUGAUGUGCCCCUCGUCCGUGUCCUUCCAGCAAACUUACCACCCGGCCUCCGGCUUCCACCACCCGCAGACCCACCUCCAGUACCAGAACACCUCCCAGUUUGGGCUUUUCGAGGACAACCUGCCCCUCCAGCCCUCGGCUCCCAGGGGCAUGCUGACCCCUCCCUCCUCCCCCCUGGAGCUGCUGGACUCCAAACCAAAGCGGGGACGUCGGUCCUGGCCACGCAAGAGGACGGCGACUCACACCUGCACCUACGCGGGCUGCGGGAAGACGUACACCAAGAGCUCACACCUGAAGGCCCACCUCAGGACGCACACAGGUGAGAAGCCCUACCACUGCAACUGGGACGGCUGCGGAUGGAAGUUCGCCCGCUCCGACGAGCUCACCCGCCACUUCCGCAAGCACACGGGCCACCGGCCCUUCCAGUGCCACCUGUGCGACCGGGCGUUCUCCCGCUCCGACCACCUGGCGCUGCACAUGAAGCGGCACAUGUAGCCCCGGACCCGCGCCCGCCGGCCAGGGGCCGGUUACCGAACUGCUCAGGUGCAGAGGGUGGAAAGCUGUAGCUGGUACUACGUAGGGAGGCACCGACGCUCCAGCGAUGGACGCGGAGGAGGAUUUGACACAAGGAGGCUCAGCCGGGCUCCUCCUGCAGAGAACUUUGGUGACUCGUGUCCGUGAACCUGCCCAGCCAGGAGAACAGGGGUUAUUUAUGCAGCUUCCGGAAGGGCGAACUCUGUAAGACUCCAUACAGGUUGUAUAGAAGAAGCUGUAAUUACGUUUGUGUUUUUCUAACUGCCCCGUCCCAAGCUUUACCAGACAAUGUUCGUAUGGAAACUGCCUGAAGUUGACCCUAGAAGAGAGAAGUGAAUGUUACUGUAGCUCCCGAUGUUAUUUUAGGUCUCGGUCAGGAGAACACUCCUAUGGUCAGACUGGGCGUCCCACAGGUGCAAUAAUACUCGUGUCUGCCAUGAUCUACACUAGAAGUACAGGGCUUGACGUCUUGUAAGAAAAUAACCUAUUUUACUGUAAUUUUUUUAUAUAUUGUAAAUAAUUUUAUACAAUGAGAAAUAUUGUAUAUGUAAAUAGAAGACAAAUGGGUAUUUUGCCUAUUUCUGGUUUUAUAAAAACGUAAUUUUUCAAUGUUUGAAAGCAUUUCACCUUUUUAAUAAAAUAAGUUCGGAAUUGCUGUGA